CACUGGACAACCGCACUUCUGGUUGUUGUUCUAACCAAAUAGCAUAGCUAAGUUCGAGUCGUACAGAGAUCCGAGGGAUACUCAUCGCGAGAGAAAAAUAUAAGAAAAUACAGUUGUACUGUAAAAUAUUGCAAAUAGUUUAAACCGAGCGAAAGUUCCGGAGCAAAAAUCUAGUGAUGGUUGUUGCUGUGAAAGUUUACAAGAAAGCCGCACCAAAUGGAAAGCUUACCGUCUAUCUCGGCAAGCGUGACUUCAUCGACCAUGUCGAUUACUGCGAACCAGUCGAUGGUGUCAUCGUGCUGGACCAGGACUACCUGCGGGGCCGCCGGGUGUAUGGACAGCUAAUCACCACCUACCGCUAUGGUCGCGAAGAGGAUGAGGUCAUGGGGGUCAAGUUCUCCAAGGAGAUCUGCCUGUGCAAGGAGCAGGUCUUUCCGAUGGUGAACUCCAAGAUGGAGAUGACCCCGAUGCAGGAGCGCCUGAUCAAGAAGCUCGGUGCCAACGCGUACCCGUUCACCUUCCACUUCCCGAACAUGUCGCCCAGCUCGGUUACGCUGCAGGCCGGCGAGGAUGACCAGGGUAAACCGCUCGGAGUGGAAUACUCGAUCAAGAUCUACGUCGGCGAAGAGGAUGAGGAGAAGGGCCACAAGCGUAGCAGCGUCAACCUGCUGAUCAAGAAGCUGCAGCACGCUCCGGCUACCCGCGGGCGCCGUCUGCCUUCGUCGCUGGUGAGCAAGGGAUUCACCUUCUCGCAGGGUAAGAUCAACCUGGAGGUCACUCUGGACCGGGAGGUGUACUACCAUGGCGAGAAGAUCUCCGCCAACAUCGUGGUUACCAACAACUCCCGCAAGACGGUUAAGAGCAUCAAGUGCUUCGUUGUGCAGCACUGCGAGGUCACAAUGGUCAACGCCCAGUUCAGCAAACAUAUCGCUUCGCUGGAAACUCGUGAAGGCUGCCCGAUCACACCGGGAGCUAGCUUCACCAAAUCGUUCUUCCUGGUCCCGUUGGCUUCCAGCAACAAGGACCGUCGUGGAAUUGCCCUCGACGGCCACUUGAAGGAUGAGGAUGUCAACCUGGCCUCGUCGACACUGAUCUGUGAGGGCAAGAGCCACGGUGAUGCUAUGGGUAUCAUCAUUUCGUACUCGCUGCGAGUCAAGCUGAACUGUGGAACCCUUGGUGGAGAACUGCAGACUGAUGUUCCCUUCAAGCUGUUGACUCCGGCUCCUGGAACCGCUGAGCGCGAGCGCGUCAACGCCAUGAAGAAGAUGAAGUCGAUCGAGCGUCACCGCUAUGAGAACUCUCACUAUGCCGACGACGAUGACAACAUCGUUUUCGAGGACUUUGCUCGUCUGCGAAUGAACGAACCAGAAUAAGCUAAUCCUGCCCCGCAGGUUAGCACCUUCAGCCGUAUGCUUUGAGCUUUUAGUUACAGACAGUUACGUUCAGCAAUUUCCGUUCUUGUUUCAGUGACAGUUGGAAUAGGCCUAUUAUUGUUACAAGGAUCUUAUCUUUCUAUCGAGAAACUAUGUGAUAUUUCGAAAAAAAAAUUUAGUUGCACUCUGCUUUGAAUGAGUUUUGAGUUUUCUAUAUUUAGUUUUAAAAGGCAAAAAAAUGACAAAAAAAAAACAAAAAAAUACCAACAAGUAACAAAAACAGUCUUGAUUCACCGAUUGAUUUUAAAACAAGAACUUAGAUAACUGCGCAGUUGUUUAGUAGCAUCACGAACGAAAUUGGAUAGCAAAUCAAAAUUAGUCAGUCAAUCAAGCAUCAAGCAAGCCAAGUAACGAUACCAGAAGUGAAACGAACCGAAACUAUGACAAAUAAGCUAUACACACACAUAUUCGGAACAUCGCUUACGCGAAGGACUCUGCGGGAAGCGAUCAGGAGUCCUCGGCGUGACCGAUGGCCGAUCUUAGAUUUAAGUAAUAAUGCAGCUGAAGUUAUGCGAAGCAGUUGUGAGUUGCGAUCGAAAGCUUUAAUAUUUUUUUAUUGGUACCAACAAAGUCUGCCCGCGGUCUCGACUGUGAGCUUCUUGGAUUCAGUGUGCGUGAUUCGAGCGGCGCUGUCUGGACUCGCGAUUGGACUUUGUUCUUUCUGUAUGCUGACGAUUUUGCUUCAUUCUUUUCAGUUUGGGGCAAAUUCUUUCCCAGCAUUCGAGAGUCGUUUGAAAUUAGAAAUCCUCUUUCUUCAGUUGCAGAUUGUCGCGCCCGGAAUACAAUGCGUGUUUCGAGACUGAUUCUGCUAAGGAGUAACAGGAUUUUCUUAGAAACAUUCACUGGUGCGAGAAACUGAUGUACCAAUGACAGUUUAGUUUGGGUUUAGGUUUAAACUGUUUUUAGUUCUAGCAUUUUCUAUUAUGUUCUUUGUAAACCUAGACAAAAAUGCAAAUAAAAAUUGAUUUCAUGAA